UAUAGGCUGUGAUAGAGAGGGCAUACCUAGUGCCUUCUACUUUCUCACCUGGAAGUGUUAGAGAGGGCAAAAAAUAUAAGGAAAAAUGGAUGUAACAGUCACAGAUUCAGUACUUGUUAAGACUGUAAAAUCCACUCCACAUUACCAACUGUGGGUCUCCAAUAUAGAUUUAGUUAUGGUUAGAUUCCAUUCUGCAGUAGCUUAUAUUUACAGAAGGCCUCCCAAUGGAGAUUCCGAUCAUGUGGCUCAAAUACUGAGAGAUGCGCUUUCUAAGGUGUUGGUGCAUUUUUAUCCACUGGCGGGAAGAUUGAUUGUGGACGCCUCUGGUAGAAUUGCUGUUGACUGUAAUGGCGAGGGCGCUCUGUUUGUGGAGGCCGUCACCGAGUCAACAAUCGAUGAUUUUGGGGAUUUCACCUCCCCUUCACAAGUCACGACGUUGGUUCCCUCUGCUAGUUACGAGAAUGGCUUCACUAAAUCUCCUCUGCUUAUGGUUCAGGAAUUACAGGUAACCAAGUUCAAAUGUGGAGGGGUGGCUUUAGGAACGGCGAUACAGCAUAUCUUAUCAGAUGGUGCAUCUUCUCUACAUUUUGUGAACAGCUGGUGUGAUGUAGCUCGGGGAUUGCAGAUACAUUUACUUCCUCAAUUAGAUCGCAGCCCACUUCGAGCUCGAAUUCCUCCUAGUGUGAGUGUUUCUCACCAAGAAUUUGCACCACCUCCAACCCUUCUCCACCAAGAAAAAGAUAGUGAUAAUCUUAUUCUACAUGAAGAGGCAAACAAGGUCUCAUUUGGAAGGUUUAAUCUCAGUAAAGAGCAACUUAAUGCCCUAAGAGAUGAGGCAAGCGAGAACCCUGUUAACAAGACUUACUCCAUGUACAUAGUCCUGGCAGCCCAUAUUUGGAAAUGUUGUACCAUAGCUCGAGGUUUACAAGAAAAGCAGAGAUGCAAACUCUACAUUCCUGUAGACGGAAGAGACCGUCUGUGUAGACCACUAUUGCCUCGUGGGUAUUUUGGCAAUGCCAUUUUUAUGGCCACCCCAAUCGACAUCGCAGGAGAAAUUGUCUCCAAUCCUUUGUGGUACACUGCUGAAAAAAUUCAUGAGUCGAUAGCCAAGAUGGAUGAUGCAUAUCUACGGUCUGAGCUGGACUUCCUGGAGUUGCAACCCGAUUUAAAUGCUGUAAUCAGAACGAACGAUAUGUUUAAGUGUCCUAAUAUGUCUAUCAUUAGUUGGACUCGCUUGCCCUUUUAUGAAGCAGAUUUCGGCUGGGGAAGGCCAACUGUAGUGGGACCGGCAGGAAAUCCUCCAGAUGGACUCUGCCGCAUUUUGCCCAUCCAAACAACAGAUGGGAGUGUUUCCAUUGACCUGUCCUUACUGAAGAAUCAUAUGGUGAAAUUCGGCAAGCUGCUUUAUGAGUUUUAAAAUUGAACUUCAAAAUAUUUUAAUAUCAUUAGAAUACAAUUUGGCUACUUCAUGUUUUUUCAAUCAAGAAGUUUGAUUUGGAUCAUCUGGUUGGAUUGGUUCCUUCCAGUUUUCAAGUAUGAAAAUUAAUAUAAGGUUGAUAAAUGUCAUUGGGUGAUGAUAAUCUUUGGUUCAUUUCUUUGUAAGUUUUAGUAGCAAUAAAUUAUAUGGAG